GGGUAGUUUCGUACUUUCAGUAACAACUGCCUAACCGCUGACUUCUCCACCAUUUUUUCCUUUCCUUCACGCCUCCAUCAUUUUCUUUUAAGUGUCAAUCUCAAAAAAGUUCACUCUCAAUUCAAAACGAAAGAAAAAGAAAGGGAAGGAAUCGAGAACACCAAUUUCCCAAAAGAUUUGAUAAUCGAUACCAAGUAUUCUUGAUUGAAUUUCGUUAGGGUUUUGGGAGAAGAACCUCUGGUUUCAGAAGCAACCGUCUGAUCAUAUUCGAUUCGAUUCGUAGUCCAAAGACAUUUUGGCGAUGACUCCACGAAGCAAUCGCCCUCGUGGACUUGUGCUCAAAUACGUGCUUCAAUUCGCAUUGUUUGCAGCCUUCAGCCUUUGGGUACUAUACCAAAUCCGACAACCCAACAACGACAUCAUGCCACGCGGGCGCCACGUCAGCAACGACCAUGUUUCCAACUUCUUGGGCCGAAAGGGUAGUUUCGGAAUAUCAAAGUCAACCCCUGUCUCUCUCUCAGCUUUGACUCUAGAAGACGUAACAAACCCCGGUGAAGAAGGCGAGAUUGCUGCCCGGUAUUCGAAAGGGAUCGAGGAAGUAGAGUUUCGGAGCAAGGCGGGAUCCGUAAAAGAGGGAAAUGACGAUAAUGCCCUUGUGUUGACCGUGGCAAAGUCAAACAUUAGUUAUCCGGAUGAAAACGGGAUGCCACAACAUAUUCGUGACAAGUUUGUCGGGAUUCAAAGUGUGAUUGGUGUGGGCCACGAAAAUGAAAGCAAUGUCACGUUACAAGAGUCUUGACAGGUGGCAUUGUUUGUAGGUUUGGUUUUUUGUUUUUUUUUUCUUUUUGUACAGGUAAAAAAAGUAGAUGCUACUGAUUUUACUGGUUUUCGUUUAGAUGAAUACAAAGUAAAAAGGUAUUGAAAUGAAUGAAAUGUUGAUGGAAUAACGAGCCUGAUUUGUAGCGUAA